GCGCACCAUACCGACAGACACACCAGUGAGCAGGGGAGAUACAUUCAUUUGAUGCCUAUGCAGCAGUUGGUCGCUUGUCUCUGUUUUUGGAUCGUUUCAUCUAAAUUAUCAGCUGUGCCUUUUUACAUCGUGAAGAGCAGAUUAUGCUCAUUCCGGAGCACGUGGAAAUCUAUCUGUAGAUACGGGGCUGCUGAGUUAGCGUGCCUCUCCAAGGCUUUGGUGAGCGCAAGGAGUCAGUCGUAUUGGUGCAUCGGCUGGAGACGAGUAAGAGGUGCGGAUAGAAUAACUGUACAGCCUGAAGAUCCGUAAGAAAAGCAAUAAUGGGCUCGUUAAUGUUGAGAUAAUUCAAACAGUGAGUGAGAUUAUGUCCCUGUGGAAAUUCCGAGGACGGACUUUGCGCUCCCUCCUAGGGGACGAGGGCGCGGGGGGUUGUUCCCCAGAAGAUUAGCAUACAGUUUCUCCCUAUGGAAUGCGGAGACGUUGCGAAAACCCCCUCCCCGGUAUUGAAUCUUGGAAGGAUUUAUUUUUCUUAGGACUAUUAAACGAAAUAAGCUCAAGUGACGUUAUUUGUGUUUCGAUGUGAGAGAGAUUGGAUAACAGCAAACAUAACCAUCAUUUAAUUUAAAAACAUUGACGACGGAUGACUGUUUCGACCUUUCUUUACCUAAUUAUUAGGUUUAGCAAAAUCUACAUGUUUGGGCCGCAGCAAGCAAAAAGUGUUUACUUCAACGUAAAAUAACUGUUGGCUUUGAUCUGUGCCGGAAGAGCAGCAGCAAUUUUUCCUGGGAACAAGACCGCUGCUUGGAUAAUCUUUGUUGAGUUGCAAAUUGGUUUGGUCGCUGUCCAUGGUGUUCCAGGAAUGGUGGAGACGCUAAGUAUCGCUGUUAUCGGAGCUCCCGGAGUCGGGAAAACUUCCAUAAUCCGUCAAUUUAUUUAUAAUGACUUCUCAGAGGUUUACACUCCAACCCGAACCAGGUAUGUGUACAGACCCUCUGUCAUUUUGAACGGUAACAUGUACGACCUGAAGAUUUUGGAUGUCCCGCCAAUUUCGUCAUUCCCCUCAAGCUCGAGCCAGGAGUGGCUGGACCUACGCUGCAGAGGGGUGCGUAAUGCCAACGCUUACAUCCUGGUCUAUGACAUCUGCUGUGUGGAGAGCUUUGAGUACGUGAAGAUGAUCCGCCAGCAGAUCAUGGAGCACAGGGAGGGUAGCAGCAGUGAGGUUCCCAUCCUUGUGGUGGGCAGUAAAAGAGACCUGCAGCGCCAGCGCUUCACGCCUCGCAGGGCCGUCUCUGUGCUGGUCAAGAAGACCUGGAAGUGUGGCUAUGUGGAGUGCUCUGCCAAGUUCAACUGGCAUGUGGUCCUGCUCUUCAAAGAGCUGCUGGGCAUCGCUGUAGGGCGUGGCAUGAAACAGAACCACACCCCUGGGAUCCGCCUACAAGGGGCGCUGCAGAGGAACCGCUGUACUGUCAUGUGACCCAGUGGACUCCCUCCGGUGUAGGGUGAAGUUGCCCCAGUUUUGCAGUUUCCCCACUAAUGGUAAAGGUUAGGAUUGAGGGAGGGGAAGCUGAUCCUAGAUCUAUAACUAGGGGAAAAUACCCCCCAGAGCACUUCCUUCCCUCCUAUGUCAGAGCCAUUGGAACCUCAGUCACACCUCAGGGGGAAUGGUUAUACAGAGAAGACUUCUAUCUAAAUGGCUGGAAAACACCCCGAGGCCUCCUGCUUUACUGAGCUCAUUUUCAUAUGAGGUUUAUCUGACUCGAACCCUGUAGCUACUAGGACUGACAUUGGUUCCUGUACUAGACGUGCAUCUUUAUCACCUAUCACAACACCCCAGUUCUGUCACAAUGUUCCCAUUGAGAGGAAGGAUGAAGAGGAGGAGGAUGAAGAAGAGGUUUUGUCAAUGGAUUUCGAGGAGUAGAACAUCUACUUCCACAGCUCUGGUCACAGGUCACCCAAACAAUUAUCAUCACACCACAGCUCUGGUCGCAGGUCACCCAAACAAUUAUCAUCACACCACAGCUCUGGUCGCAGGUCACCCAAACAAUUAUCAUCACACCACAGCUCUGGUCACAGGUCACCCAAACAAUUAUCAUCACACCACAGCUCUGGUCGCAGGUCACCCAAACAAUUAUCAUCACACCACAGCUCUGGUCGCAGGUCACCCAAACAAUUAUCAUCACACCACAGCUCUGGUCACAGGUCACCCAAACAAUUAUCAUCACACCACAGCUCUGGUCGCAGGUCACCCAAACAAUUAUCAUCACACCACAGCUCUGGUCGCAGGUCACCCAAACAAUUAUCAUCACACCACAGCUCUGGUCGCUGGUCACCCAAACAAUUAUCAUCACACCACAGCUCUGGUCACAGGUCACCCAAACAAUUAUCAUCAUACCACAGCUCUGGUCGCAGGUCACCCAAACAAUUAUCAUCACACCACAGCUCUGGUCGCAGGUCACCCAAACAAUUAUCAUCACACCACAGCUCUGGUCGCAGGUCACCCAAACAAUUAUCAUCACACCACAGCUCUGGUCGCAGGUCACCCAAACAAUUAUCAUCACACCACAGCUCUGGUCGCAGGUCACCCAAACAAUUAUCAUCACACCACAGCUCUGGUCGCAGGUCACCCAAACAAUUAUCAUCACACCACAGCUCUGGUCACAGGUCACCCAAACAAUUAUCAUCACACCACAGCUCUGGUCGCAGGUCACCCAAACAAUUAUCAUCACACCACAGCUCUGGUCGCAGGUCACCCAAACAAUUAUCAUCACAACACCAGGUGUGGCUCUGAGCUCCCCAGAUUGCAAGGCAACAGCUCAUACAUCAUGAUGGUUGAGAGCUUGUGAACUGUGUGCAUCUAGUGGGAAUAAGUACCAUUACUGACAUGACUAGGUAUUCUCCCCAUAUUAGCUUAGUCUCAUACAUGUGAGUGGAAAGAAUGCAACUUCUUUAAAUGUUUUCCUUUUUUUAAACGUGAGGUAAAUAAAUGCCCUGGCUGUCAUACUUGAAAUUGCAUUAUUCUAAGAUCGAUGCACCAUAGGAAAGGCUAGGUUACAGGGGUUGUGUGGUAAAUGUGGGUGAGUCAACAAGAUGGAUGGCUUACUCUUGGUUUAGUACAUCCACAUCCUCUUUUAGGGGUAGCAGCACCAGAAACCACAGCUCUCCAAAAUGCCCCCUAAACAGUAAACCAUUUCAUUUCUUGUUCAGGAAUUGUCCUUGUACUCCAGGCAAACAAACAUUCACUGAUUGGAGGUGCUGGUACAAAAUUAUAGUGCUGUCACUCCCUCUUCUCAUUUAAAGUGUAUUGUUUAGAGGGGGAUGUGAGGUUAUCUUGCAUCAGAAAAACCCUGCUGUCGCUAUCAUGAUGAAGGACUUUAAUCCUCCCUUCCUCCUGUCUUCCUCAGUCUGUGUGCUUCUGAUGAAUACAUUAUAUCAAUGGUGCUCUGGGGCCUGCAGGAAGCUAGAGGGGAUGUCUGGCACAGAUAUUGAAUGUGAUGCAGGAAUAGUAGGCAGUGGUUUUAAAUUGCUUGUAAGGUUAAGCCCAGGUUGAUGGGCAGGGUUAGUGAAACAGAAGGCCAAUGGAAGGAGAAAAGAAAGAAGUAGAGACUAUAUUAUGGGCAAUAAAGCUGCAGAGCACCUUGACCAGCACGACAAGUUGUAUCCAACCACAGACACCCUGUACAAGUCUAGAAUGCCUCACAUAGAAUGUAUUAAACCUCCCUGCUCUUGGAUAUACCCAGACCACCACACACACUGCUCUUGGAUAUACCCAGACCACCACACACACGAGAGCAUACACCCCCAGAGCAUUCCAAUAUAUUAGCAUCCUACCAAACAAACAGAAUACUUUUUUGCAGUGUCUGAAUUGUGCAAGAUAUUUAUAUUGUUUGAGAAUGUGGUAAACAUGUGUCCUGUGAUUGCAGACACCCUGUGACAAUGUUUGCACUGAAAAUGAGUAUCUGUAUUGUACGUAUGUAUGUGCAUCAUUGAUUUGCAUGUUGUUACUGCCAAGCCAGCAGGUCAGGGUUUAAUUGCACUGGUGUGAUUGUGUAGCUGUAAUUUCUUUACCUGUGUGUACUGUAUAUGCUUAUUAUCGGAGACUAUCAAAAGCAGUUGAGAGGUGUGUGUGUGUGUUGUGUGUGUGUGUGCGCACACAGGCUCCAUUUUACUGAAAUGAUAGUUAGACAGAUUUCUAAAAGAGAAAGAUUAUGUAGCAUCUGAAAGUAAUGGUAAUUUCUCCAGUAACAUGAAUGGCCAACCAUUUCAAUGAGACUGUUUGUGUGAGUGUGUCGUGUUCCAACAUCAAGGGCUACAUUUUCUAACAGAAACAUCACCUUUUUUUCAAUAGUAGGUGUUAGCUGUUUUGUUUUCGACAAUGGUAAAAUUAAACGUGUUGCCCACAAUAACCGGC